GCGCUGCAGGUCCCUCUACGCCGCCGCCCCCCACCCGCUGCUACAUCUCCGCAGCCGGGGGCGGGGACUCGCAUUCCUGGCCGCUGAUUGGUCGGUCGGGAUUCGGAGUCUGCUGCGGAGGCGGCGCGUCCAGGUGAGCCGGGCCGGAGAGGCCGAGCAGGGGCCGGGAAGAUGCUGCUGCAGCUGCGGAGAGCGGAGCGCCUGGGCGCGGAGGAGAUGCGCGGCGGCGGCUUCCCACGCCUCCUCUGCCAGCAACCCCCGGAGCGGUCCCAGCCGGCGGCGCCAUGAAGAAGCAGCGCUCCGAGUACUGGGGAGGCCCAGAGCCCCUGGCUUCCCCGCACCACCACCAGCAGAGGGGCGGGCGGGUCAUCGCCAAACUGGCGGAGUAUGUGGGCUCCUUUACCGUUGAGGACGUGGAGCUCCAGCAAAAGGCUCUGGCCAUCCAGCAGCAGCUUCAGCGCCUGAAGGACUGCCCCAGGCGGCGAUCCGUCGUCCUCAAGUUUUGCCUGCAGGGUCUGAAGAUGUACAACGCAGAGGGGGAGGCUCUGCUUAUGGCGCAUGCCCUCAAGCGCAUCCUGUAUAGCACCUGGAUACCCACUGAGUGCCAGUUCGCCUUUGUGGCCCGCAACCCACGCAGCCCUCGCAGCAGCCUCUUCUGCCACUUGUUUGUGGGCAGCCAGCCCAGUGAGGUCCAGAUUUUGCACUUCUUGCUCUGCCGCUCCUUCCAGCUCUACUAUCUCCUGAUGCAUCCUGAGGACCAAGAAUGGCUCCCCGGUGGUUCCACACAGCAGGAGCCUGGGAGGCUGCUGGGAGCCUCUCUGGAUAACCGGGUGGCCUGGGAGUCCCUCGAUCCGGAGGAUGUCUCUCAAAAUGUCAAUGCGUUGGUGUCCUUCCGGAGGCUUCCGUGCCCUGCUGACUUUGGCCCCUCCAUCAGUGUGAGAGAGAGGCUGGAUUUGGAGGAAAGGAGCAGCCUGGGCACCUCUCGCCCGGGGAAUCCAUACUGCUCUCCAAUCCUGGUGCGGAAGAAGGCGAUCCGCAGCAAAACCCUCCGCUCCGGAGCCUAUCGAGGCUGCACCUUUGAGGCUCAGUUGCAGCAGAGCGCCCGAGAGAUGUUUCUCACCAGCUGCGACAGCAAAGGCAGCAGAGGAAGCCUGGCUUGCUUGCUGGAUAAUGACAGUAGUCUGAUGGAGAACGUGUGGUCCUUUGCGGGUAUUGACAGGGAUGCUGGGAUGUCGCUGCUCAGGAAUGAUGUAAUUGGAGCCUUCCUCCUCUGGGCUGAACCAGGGGCCACUGAUCAGUGGUGUCUUACAGUGAGGACAAGAUGUGGAAUCAUCCCUUACCAGAUUUACAGGAGCCAGCUUGGGAAGUAUUCUGUGGAGCAUUUGAAUGUGGAGUUCCCUAGUAUGGAAGCUCUGUUGGAUCACUACUCUGGAAUCCAAGGAGGCCUGUUCUGCUCUCUGGCUGCAGGCCGGAUCAACCACUGUUAUGAGGAGCAAGACUGCACAGUAGAGGAUCCCUGGAAGGAAGAUAGAAGCCGCCGGCAGGCAUCUUGGCUACAUGGCACUAGUAAAUCUCUGGCUGUCCCACAGGAACUGGGAUGAGGAGUCUGGGCUUAGUUUUCCUGCCAUCCACAUGCUAACUGUGCUAACUCUUUUUGUGGUGUUCAAGCUAUGUGGCACUUUUGCACUUGGGCUAGCUUUCUCAUACUGAUAUGGUAGGGAUUAGGCUUCAUGGCAUUGAUCCAAUCCUUCCCUCUCGCCCCCUAGUAGAACAACAAACUAGUCUUAACUUUUCUAGCCAAAGGGUCCCAUGGCGCUGACGCCCCUGGUCAUUCAGAGAUAGAUUUUUCAUCAGCGGCUGAAAUCCUGC